AUGGGCAAGUUGAACCAAUAUAUAGCUGAAGUGGAUGAGGCAGAUGCUAAAGAAUCUGAACCAAUGUUAGAAAUUUUAGAAAAUUUUAAAAAAAUCAUCACAGAAAAGUCUUUUGAUCUUCCGCAAUCAAAAAUGACUAACUUUAAAAAAUAUUGA